CUAUCAUGAAGGAGAGUCACACAAACGAAUAUCAAAGCGAGAUUGAUCAAAUACUUAAGGUGAGUUUUGAUCAUUUGUCACCUGCAUCAGUUAAAAAAUGUUUUGCAUAUUGUUCAAUUUUCCCCAAGGAUACAGAUUUGAAACAAGAUCUAUUAAUUGAGCUUUGGAUGGCGGAAGGUUUUGUUCAACCAGAUCACCAAAACCAAAGAUUGAUGGAGGAAAUAGGGGCUGAUUAUUUGAGGAUUUUGUUACAAAAUUCCUUAUUGGAAAAAGUAGAAGAGUCGUGGAGAACAUAUUAUAAAAUGCAUGAUCUCGUGCAUGAUUUUGCAAAAUCAGUUCUCAAUCCUCAAAGCAGCAACCAAGAUCGCUACCUUGUAUUAAACUCAUAUGAAGAAAUGGCAGAAAAUGUCAGAAGGAAUAAAUCAGCAUCACUUCGUACAUUAUUUCUCCAUCUAGAGAGUCGCAUAUCUGCCGACAUGUUAUCAAGAUUCAAGCACUUGCAUGUUCUAAAAUUGUCAGGGGAACAUGUCACGUUUUUGCCAAGCUCCAUUGGCGAACUACUGCACUUACGGUUGCUUAAUAUUUCAUAUUCUGAAAUCACCAGUUUGCCGGAAUCUCUUUGCAAGCUAUAUAAUUUGCAGACACUAACGAUGAGCGAUGAUGCACUUGAAGGAGGUUUUCCAAACCAAAUGAGCAAUUUGAUCAGCUUGCGUCAUCUAAACUACAACCAUGAUGAUGCAGAAUUUAAAAUGCCGAUGCAUAUGGGACGAUUGGCUUGUCUUCAAACUCUCAUGUUUUUUAAUGUAAGUCAAGAGAGGGGUUGUGGUAUCGAAGAGCUUGGGACCUUGAAAUAUCUUAAAGGGUCAUUGGAGAUCAGAAAUCUUGGACUAGUAGAGGGCAAAGAAGCAGCUAAACAAGCAAAAUUGUUUGAAAAGCCGAGUCUGUCUCACUUACGGUUGGACUUUGAAUGGAAGAGUGGGAUCGGAAAAGCGAUAACUGUGAUGAGGAUGUGUUGGAAGGUCUCCAACCGCACCAAAAUUUGCAAGAGUUGGAAAUUCGAUAUUUUAUGGGUAAUAAAUUUUCACAAUGGUUUGUGAAUUUGUCAAAUUGGUGGAGUUGCAAAUAGAAGAUUGCGAAAGAUGCAGUGAACUCCCUACGGUAGGACAACUACCAUCCCUCAAACGUCUCUAUUUGAAAAGACUGGACAACAUUCGAUCUGUUGGAGAUGAAUUCUAUGGUAUUACUGCUAAUGAGGAGGAGGGGGAGGGCAGAUCACAAGCAUCAGGGAGCAGCACUAGAAGACGAAAAUUCUUUCCGGCCCUUGAAGAACUCUAUGUAGAAUAUAUGGAGAAUUUGGUAGAGUGGAAGGAAGCAGACCAAAUGAGGUCAAUAACAGGUGAAGCAGAAGCAGAUGUCUUUCCCAUGCUGAGAGAUUUGAGCAUCUCACAUUGCCCAAGAUUAAUUAGUUUGGGAGUAAAUGGACAGAAAUGCCCCCUAUCCCAUCUUGAGCGAUUGAGGCUUUGUGGUUGCGAUGGGUUGACCACCAUACCCAACAAAAUGUUCGAGUCAUGCCUGUCUCUGCAGUCCCUACGGGUGGUGAGGUGCCCCAAUCUGGUGUCGUUGUCGCAUAAUUUGCAGGAGACGCCUUCUCUCAAGGAUUUAGCCAUAGUCGGAUGUCCCAAAUUGAUCCUUCAUAGGUUAAAUGGAUCUUCUUUUGCCACCAACUUAAGAGAAUUGUGGAUCGCUUCCUUCUCCUCAAAUGACUUCUCAAUGGAUGAUUUUGAUUGGUCUGGCUUAAUAUCUGCAUUAACACUCCGUGAGCUUGAAUUACGAGGCUUGCCUCACUCGGACUCCCUGCCACACCAGCUUCAAUACUUGACUACCCUCACUUCACUAAGUCUGGACAACUUUGGAGGAAUAGAAGUGCUACCGGAUUGGAUUGGAAACCUUGUGUCUCUUGAAACCCUAUGGCUAUGGUCUUGCCAAAAGCUUCAAUCUUUACCAUCCGAGGCCACCAUGAGACGCCUCACCAAGUUAACUCGUGUUGAAGUUUAUGAGUGUCCUCUACUAAGACAACGGUACACUCCCCAAAGAGGCAUCUACUUAAAGGAGGAGAUUUCAAGUGAUGAGAUUUCAAGUGAUCCUACAAGCAGUGACAGCGAACAAGAAGGCAAUGAUGGUGCUCAAACAUCAUGUUCAUGUUGUUUCCCAUCGUUGUUGAAGAAGGAGAGCUCAGGAGGUAUGAUGGUGCUCAAACAUCAGCUUCUCUCCUCAAGAACUCUUUUUACCUCCGCCCAAUUUAUUAAAAAUACAAGGGAAUUGGUGCAAGUUUUUAUCAAAGUAUGCUUGUGUCAUGCAAUUGGCCAGAAAACAGGGUGUUUUUCUGCACUUUCAUGUGUUUUUGAAUGUUUCUCCUAUGCUAUAUAGCUUAGUUUUUGCUCUUUAAGAUUUUACAUUUACUCGGAGCUCAUGUCAUUUGAUUGUGAAAGAAGCUGGUUUUUUUGCAUUAUCUUGCACUGGUUACUAGACCAUACCGUUUCUUUGCAUUCCUUGGCUGUCAUAACUGAAUUCAUACUCAAAUGUAACAUUGCGAUGGUGCUUUCCAGAGUCUUAGAAAGCAGACCUCAUGUUGUUGGACAAGAUUGCCAGGGGCCAGAAGUUAUUUUCACUGACUAGACAGGUUUGAAGAUGAAGGCGGUUAUCAAUGAUGUUAAUUUAGCUCAUUAGAUAGCAUCAGCUUUGAUGGAGGCUUCACCAAUAGGUGGUUCUCCCCACGUUUCCCAAACAUAAAGUUUUUCGUUAUCUGCUGGUCAGAAUGCAGAAAGGAAGGCAAACUGGACUGAUGGACUUGUUGGUAAAAGAGUUGGAUGUUUGUGACAGUAGAGACAAUAAAUUGGAUAAACAAUCAAUUUGGAGCAAUAAGAAACGUCGAUGCAAGAAGUCUUGAAUUGCACAAAGGUCCAAAGAAGAGGAAGCAAAACGUUCUUUUCAGUAGAUGUGUGCAUAUUUAACACUUUUAUGAAGAUUUUGUGAAGAAUUAACACUUUUAAGAUGGCAUUUCAUACUUUUGGUGUAUCAGAAUGUGACAAGUCCUGAUAGUACCUUUUCUUCAUCUUUUGCGGGGAGUAAAAAUAUGUCUAGAGACCAUAUUUGUAAGAUUUCCUACCCAUUUUUAGUUAGACAUUUGAUAGAGAGAACUUAGAACUCUUGUUACUUUUCCUCUUCAAGUAAUCAUUUUUUGUUA